AUGCCGGGCGAUCCAGAGAUACGGGCACUCGCCGAGGCCAUCUUCGCAGACCUCCUCGCGGACCAGGUGUUGACUACGACGAUUGCUGCGCACCGGGAAGUGAAGCGCGGGCAGGCCGUGUGUGCGACGUGCGGGACGCGAUGCCGCGCGCAUGUCCCGAUCGCGCUUGCCAGCGGCGCAUCCUCGGCCGUCGGCUCGCGCGAAGGCAGUCCAGCAAGGGGCAUAACCGUCCGUCCGGGAGGAUACACUGUCGGCCCGGAGAAGGGGACAGGCGGAGGUACGGGGAUUGGCAGCGGGAGCGGGCGGAUUGAUUCAUCGGGCAACGCGUUCUUUGACUGCUUGGUUUGCGGGAGAAGUGUCACCUCGAACCGGUACGCGCCGCACCUCGCCUCCUGCCUCGGUUAUUCGGGGAGCACACGACGCGGCGCGAGCCGCAUGGCCGCCGCAAAGGCGAGACUCGGAGCGGAUGGACGUGCCAGUCCGUCGCCGUACUUGACGGGCGACGAUAGCGAUACUGAGUCUCUAAGUGGCAAGCGGAAGAAACUCCUGAACGGAAACAGCAAACGGCCACAGUGGUUCCGCGCCGCCGUCUACGCGCGCACCACACCCUCCGUCAAGGCUGGGACGGCCGCCGACAAGUGCUAA